AUGACCUCUCUGCCCCGCUGGUUAGGCAAAGCGAAGGCGUCCGGCGCGCGUCUCAUCACCAACGAGCCGGGCGACGCGUCACGGCCCACGCGCGGACGACGGUCGCGCGACGCCGAGUACGCAGACAUCCCGCCCUUCCUCCUCCCCCUCUCCCUACGCGUCCGCCUCGACAAAGAGGACCGCAAGACCCGCUCGCACUCGCGAAACCGUGCACAGCCGUACGAUCGGUCCAUCGUGAGUACCCUCGUCCUGUCGCGGGCCUUCCAGAUGCCGCCGCUGCUCAAGCGUCUUGCCGGCGCGCCGACGUGCCCGAUUGUCGUCGCGCAGUACAAGGACGAGUCACGGGGCCUCGGGCACGAGGAGGACCUCCACUGGGCUCUCGUCGUCAUCACCGACCCGGCAACGCUCAGCGGGCCGUCCUUCCAGGCGUACGCGCAGAAGAAACGCCGCCACCCACGUCCCCGCGUCGGCUCGCGCGCUCCCACACUCCCUCACGCCUCGUCUCUUUCUCCCUCUUCCUCGCCCCUCGAAUCUCCGUCCCCACCACCAUACCCAAACGCGGGUCCUGCCGGCGCGGGCACGACCACCCUCCUCCCCGAGCCCGAGUACGAGCUGCAGUGGUACGCGCGGCACGCGCCUGCGUCGCUCUACGACGUCUGCGCGACCGUGCGCACGCUCUGCCUCGGCGGCGUGCAGGUCGGCGCGGUGCGCGCGGCGGACGUCCCGAAGCUCGUCGACUACCUCCACUGCCACCCGCCCGUGCCGCGCCACCCCGGCUGGGGCGCGCGCGAGUACGUGCUCGAGCUCCUCGAGCUCCUCCGCCCGUUCAAGAUGCUCCGCCCGGACCUCGUGCGCGCGCGCGUGCACGGCGCCGGCGUGGAACUGCAGGACCUGCUCCCCGAGCUGCGCGAGGCCGGGCGCGUCACGCAGGAGAGCAUCUUCAACGAAGACUUCCGGCCGUGCGUCCGGUACCACUAG